AUGGCCGGCGGUGACCCAUAUUGGCUUCUGAAUGCAUUCCUUAUCACCCUUCUGUGCAUUGUCAUUGUAUCUUCCGGCGAUCCUGAUGCAGAUAUCCUCCUCAAGUUUAAGAAGUCCCUAGCCAACGACGCUGCACUAUCCAAUUGGAAUUCAUCUACGAACCCGUGCGUGGGGAAAUGGGUUGGUGUGAAAUGCUGGGAAGGAAACAGAAUAUGGUCAUUAAAGCUAGAGAACAUGGGAUUAACAGGCCAAAUUGACGUCGAUUCCCUUGUCGGCUUGCCAUACUUGCGGGGCUUAAGUUUCAUGAACAACAGUUUUGAUGGUCCCAUGCCUAAAGUAAAAGUGCUUAGAGCACUAAAGUCGUUGUAUUUAUCCCACAACCGGUUCUCCGGCGAGAUCCCGGACGGGGCUUUUGCAGGAAUGGGAUUGUUGAAGAAAGUUUAUUUGUCACAUAAUAGCUUUAGUGGUAAGAUUCCAUCUUCACUUCUGGGGUUGUCUAAGCUUUUGGAGUUGAGGCUUGAUGGAAACCAGUUUGAAGGCAAUAUACCCGAUUUUCAACAGAAGGGUCUUCAACUACUGAACGUAUCAAAUAAUUAUUUGCAAGGUCCCAUUCCAGCCAGUUUAAGCAAUAUGGAUUCAAGUAGUUUUUCAGGCAACGAUGGUCUAUGUGGGAAGCCUCUCAAGUCAUGCGACUCCAACAAGAACAAGAAGUCUCCUUUGUCAAAGACCGUCAUCAUUUUGAUCUGCAUAGGCCUCGCUUUAGUGAUCCUUGGUGCCGUUCUUGUUGUUCUACACCGCCAAGGCGAAUCGCGAUCGGGUAAGGCCCCAGAAAAUGACAACCAGACAAGAGCAGUGACUUGUGAAGGAGACAAAAUGGAACGCGGGACAUCAGGUUACUCGGGUAAUAAUAACAAGAAGGUUGAGCCUCCGGCGAAGCUGACUUUUGUGAGGGAUGAUAGAGAAAAAUUUGAGUUAAAUGACAUGCUUAGAGCCUCAGCUGAAAUUUUGGGCAAUGGCAGCUUUGGAUCUUGUUACAAGGCUGUUCUUUCAAAUGGGGCGGCCAUAGUUGUGAAGAGGUACAAAUACAUGAACAAUAUAGAAAGAGAGGAGUUUCAAGAGUACAUGAAGAGGCUAGGGACGUUAACACACCCUAACUUACUUCCUCUUAUGGCCUAUUAUUAUAGAAAGGAAGAGAAGCUGUUGGUAACUGACUUUAUUGGAAAUGGAAGCUUGGCCAGUAAACUUCAUGGAAAACAAACUACAGGCGAGCUGCGGCUCGAUUGGCCGACCCGCUUGAACAUCAUCAAAGGAGUAGCCAAGGGCCUGGCUUUUCUCUACGAUGAGCUACCUAACCUAACUCUUCCACAUGGUCACCUCAAGUCCUCCAAUGUGAUACUAAACGAGUCUCUUGAACCCCUCCUAACAGAUUAUGGCCUAUUACCAGUAAUCAACCAAGAGCACGCUGUUCAUCUCAUGGUGGCAUACAAGUCACCCGAGUAUGCGCAGUGUGGACGCACAACAAAGAAGAGUGAUGUUUGGUGUCUUGGCAUACUGAUAUUGGAGAUACUGACGGGUAAGUUCCCUGCUGCCAGCAUUUCCAAGCAGGGUAAUAAGGGAAGCGAUGAAGAUUUGGCAUGUUGGGUCAGUUCUGCUAUUAGAGAAGAACGCGCAGUGGAAAUUUUUGACAAACAGAUGGAAGGGACAAAGAACGCUGAAGGAGAAGUGUUAAAGCUAUUGAACAUUGGGUUGUGUUGUUGUGAGGCUGAUACGGAUAAGAGGUGGGAUAUAAAGGAAGCAGUUGAGAGGAUCGAAGAGUUAAAAGAAAGGGACAAUGACGAUGACUUCUACUCCUUAAUUAGCGAAGGGGAGAUGCCUUCCACAAGAUCAUUGAUGGCUGAGAUUGAACUUUCUCUAUGA